UAAUUCUUCAAUGCUUGUGGCUUUUAAAUUGUUUAGCAAUUAAAUCUCUUUCAAAUUGUGAAGGGUUAAAACUUAUGUAAACUCCUUUCGGUUAGGACUCAAUUGAUUUCAAAUCAUUGGGAAAUCAGACUCCAAAAGUCAUACUGCCUUAUCCAGUGAAACUACAUUUAUUUUUUAUUCUGGUGCAGCUGCUGCUCUAACUUCUCUCAAGGCUGUGUGUAAUAACUUACCCCACAAUUGGUUGGGCCCAGAUCCUUGUGGUGAUGACUGGGUAGGAAUUGGGUGCACGAAUUCACGAGUCACCUCCAUAACAUUGGCAAACAUGGGCUUGGAAGGCCAAGUGUUUAGUGACAUCCCAUCCUUAACUGAAUUACAGACUUUGGAUCUAUCUUACAACGAGGGCCUGACAGGAUCUCUUCCAGCAUCAAUUGGGAAUUUAAAGAAGCUAACAAGCUUAAUCCUUGUUGGGUGUGGUUUCACUGGUAUAAUUCCUGACACGAUAGGAAAUCUACAACAGCUGACCACGUUGUGAGGACUUUUACUCUAAUAUCAGCUAUGUUAUAACGGUUAAUCUUAAAAUUUUAAAUUGCUUUGUGUGUUUCCAUUGUUUAAUGAAACUUGAUGGACAAA